CGCGGGCUGCGCCGGCGUCCGGCGGCGGCGGCGGCGUCGGCGGCGGCGUCGUGUCAGUCGUGCGUCGCCGGCCACGCGAGAAGUUGCCGCUGCCGCCCGGCUGCUGCGACUGGGGCGAGCUCGUCUUCGCCCACAGGACCAUGAGCGAGCCGUCGAGCGAGGACCCUUCGUCUGGGGGCGAGGGAUCCGGCAGCGGAGGCGGCGGGGGCGGCGCGGGCGGCGCGCCCGGCAACAAGGACAGCAAGCUGUACGAGAAGCCCAGCGGCGGCAAGAAGAAGCUGCUGCGCCUGCUCACCGUACUCGCCUACGUCAUGUCGGUGUCCAUGGCGGCCAUCAUGCUGUCGCUGUACUACGUCUUCCUGUGGGACCCGCACGGCACGGGCCCCCGCUACGGCCACCUCGCGGCCGACCCACAACCGCGCCUCAACUACACCCAAGAGGUUUCGGAGUCGACGCCUCUAUGUUCAGAGAUAGACGAUGGAAGUUCUCCACAAUUUCAACCACUGCAUCAGCAAGUGGAAGCUAGCAGUAACAUCACCAGCAAUCUGACAUCAUUGGUUUCAAGUCCACCUGUUCCGCACACAACAAUGAACCAGACAGCAUCUGAACAACUGGCUACAUAAAGUGGUACUGUGGCAGUGCAACCCAAUGUUUCCUCAAUGUCCGAUGCGAAGUACUUCCUUAUUUGGGUAUGAAAUCAUGAACUUCGCAAAAGAAAACAAUUGGUUUCAUGUUCACAAGCUGCUGCAAUAAACUGAUGCUGCUCAGGAUGCUGGACAAAAAAUCAAGAAAAUGCAGAGAGACAACUAGAAUAUUAAUCAUAAAUCAUAACUUUGAUUCUGAAGAUUUACAGAGGUUUUUAAGUUGUGGAUGCUUGUGAUAAGAUGAUGUAAUUCCAUGGCAUCAAGACUGAUAAUUAUUUAGUGUGAAUGAAAAUCCUUAUAGUGCUUCAAACUUAGGCUACAGUAUCAUUUUUGUCCCCCCCUUAUGAUUUUUUACCUUAUUUUAUAUAAGUUUGUUGUGGAUGUCACAUUAUAUUUAGACUGUUAAGUUUUUUGUCCUCUAAUCUUAGUAUCAACAACAAUAGUUAAGACCACAAUUGCAGAUCUUCAUGUAAAAAAUUGUAAUAUAUACAAUGCUGAAGCAAUCAGCACAAUUUUAAAGGAGACAAUAGGGAAACAAUAAAAUAAUGUAGCAGUGAAA